GAAAAAAGCAAAUUUCCUAUCGGCUGGAUAAUGUUGACAACUUCCGGGAGUCAAAAUGCGCUCGUUUCUGCCUGCGGUGGCUCAGCAACUUUUUAUUGAUAUCCAGAAAACAUAUGAAGAAACGUCUCAAAUUCCUGAUGAUCUGCUAAUUGCGCUGAAGUUUGUCUUUGGACCUUGUGCACUGCUGGCCUUGGACCUUGUGGACCAACGUUCAGUGACCUGUCUGUCAUCUCCCAGUGGACGAAAAGCAUUCCAGGUAAUUGGAGGCUCGGGUCGUUUGUACACAUGCUUGGUGUCCUGUCAUUACUGCCCGUGCCCUGCCUUCGCCUACACUGUGCUGCGCAGAAACGAUGGCCUCCUGUGCAAACACAUCCUGGCUGUGUACCUGUGUCAGGCCAUCGGGGCCACGCUGCAGGUGAACGUGACGGACCAGCAGAUGUCCAUGCUGCUCAGCGGAACGGGAAACCUCUGACGCUCAGGUACUGGGUUGUACUGAGUCCAGGAGAUGGAUCGGUGAUUCUGGACCCACACUGCCGGUCUGAGCUCUGCAGGAUAAGGACAUUUUGACAGAGAACCUUUGAAACCUGCUGUAGAGAUUAGCUUCUGUGGUUUCUGCUCUGUCAGAUUUUUGUAUCAAAGACACUGGAUGCUGCAUUUUCAUUUAUUUUUUUAUUUUGGAAGACUUAUUCAUGUGUUUCCAGGGAAGCGAUGUCCUUUUUGAGUUUUUGCUGAUUUAUUUUUAGUUUCUCAUAUCUGACAUUGCAGCAAUUAGAGAAGCAGUGAGGAGCGACAUGUUGUUUAUGGAAACAUUUGACAUCAGCCAAGAUCCAAAAUGUGCCACCGUUAAAAUAUUUAACAGCAGCAAUUUGUGAUCUCACUCCCUUGUAUAUGAUUUCCAUCAGUGUACAGUUGUAGGUGUUUGAUUUAUUUAGGAAAAACCACUGCUGUGUAACAGUAUAAACAUCUCCUUUAUUAACAAAAUAAUUCACUGUACAUACAGACUUCAUGUUGGGUAACAUUUUGCAGGUAUAACUGUGUAAAGGUUUAGCAUCAGUUUGACCACAGUGGAUGUUUGUCCUGAUUGGACAGAACAGCACAUUGAGAGACACGCGCGCGCACACACACACACACACACACACACACACACACACACACACACACACACACACACACACGUGGGAAUAAAGGCAGGAAUGUUCCACUGAUUAUCCGGCUUACCUCAGACUUCAGGAAGGAAAUAUGUUGACAUCAAUCAAUAGUUUGUAGAAAACCAGAUGCUGUUUUUUUUUUUGUUUUUUUUAUAACAGACGAUACAACACUACACUAUUUGUGCAUCUACAGGACAAAUGUUUCCAUUGAAUGUCCUAAAAGUUUGGCACCCUCCUGUAUUUUAGCCCUUGAAGGUGGUGUGAAGCAGUCCAGGCUGCACGGUGCCGAGUCGGCAAAAAAACCACAGCACUACAAACACGAACUCAACAGGGUUCAAAAUGACAGAUAAAGCAUGUCAAAUGGAAAGUCUAAAGUAUCGCUGAAGAGUGGCUGAUGGCUCUGAGGUGGUCUGUACAUGGAACAGGAGUCCAAGCUUUCAGAAAAUCAGAAGACAUGCUCCUUGUUAUUUUCAGGAAGUACAGAAUUUACUUGUUUUGACCUUAGUAAAUUUCUUUUGAAUUUAUUUGCACAAGGUCAUGACAGUGGACUGGUCUGGAUCUGUGUGUUGAUUUGAAACAGGUUUUACAUCAAAAGCCCUUCAGCCUCUAGGCGGAGAACAAGCACUGGACAUAGAUGGGCUUGAACAGGGAACCUUCUGCUUUGGAAAUGAGCACACAUACUGCUUCUGUCCCGGUGCUGACAAAUUGUUUCAACCUAAAACAUUAAGAAAUCUCAGUUUGUGUGUGUGCAUGCCUGUGAGGGGGACAAAAGCAAUCUGAAAGUCUAAAAUCCAGUUCAUCAUUUGUUUAAACUGCUUAUUGUCAAUUCCAGAACACUGUAUCUUUUUAUAUGAAUUUAAAGCUUAAACCAGUUUGACACGGGUGAACAACCAGUUAAAAACCAUGUUUCCUCUUGUUAACCAGAUUAAAACCACCAAAGAUAUUUAGAUGCAUUCAGGCUGAUGGAAAAUCCUGUGGAACAGAAACCUCUGGCUUUGCUCCAAAUGCACAUCACAUCGAAGACGUUUUUGCAGUUCGCUUAGAUGUUGAAGUGAAGCUAUAAUCUAGUUUAAACCAGUUUAAAAUCAUUUGAAGUAAUUUCAAAUUACUUUAAACCAGCCCAUCCUUGGUGAAUAGUUCAAACGUGUUUAUUUGUAAUAAAAAAUGCGAGUUAAUCCUCACGUUAGAGAAAAAGCUCAAAACUGGCAUUUAGUUAACUAUUAUUUAUUUUUUAUUGUUUCACUUCUGAUUUAAUAACUCUUUCAUAGAAAGUGUUUCACUCGUGAAGAUGUGUGUGGUGUCAUCUUAGGUCAGUCACUGGCUUCAGUGAUUACAUUACUUGAGCAGACCAGAGCCACAAGAUCCCACCUGAGACCCAUGUGAGGCGUCAGCUGGCGGCCUCGGGCAAGUCAGCCAGAGCCGUCCAGAGUGACAUUCAGAGACAACAUACACAAUGAAAUCAAAGCAGCACUGACGCAUUUUACAAGCCUGCUGAGCACUGUGAUAAAUCGUAUUAGCUUUAUUAACUUGAUCUAAUUUAACUUUGGCUUGUAUUUUGUGAUCUUGUAGCUCCAGCACUACAGCCUCCCAUCACACAGAGCAAGAACGUGCAGGAACCAGCCCAAUACAGCAAAUAUUGCCAUAAUCCAACGCAAUUGGGAGGAAAAGAGGCGUGGUCAGGUGUUUUACAACGCAUCCAGAACACCUCGUGCACACCUGCAUAAUGGCAUCCAAAGCGCAUGUAGACAACAGUUUAGAUGACACAGACUGAUGUCAAACAGCUGUAAAAGGCGCUGAAGACUGCCUGAUGUCCAAACGUCUGGAUGGCAAAUACGGGACCAGGGUGGGAGGGAGUGCUGUGUUCCUCACACGCACAUGUGCGCACUUGCAUGCGUGGCACACAUGCGCACACGUAUUGCGGCUGAAAUGAUCACUCAGCCGUGUGUGUGUGUGUGUAUGCAUAAUAUUGUAUGAGCCACUACUGGACAGCUUUGCUGAAAAUUUGCUGGCAGUGGGCCAAG